AUGUUGAUCCUCAGCAUCUUCUUUCAAUGUCUUGUCCUCAAGACAACUACUUCGAGUGCCAUUCAGGCAAGGUCAGCUGCGAACUUGAUUGUAACCCAUCCGGAAAGUAUCCAACCUCCCAAGGGCUACAUCUCUAGGUUCUACAACGAUGUACCAUCUCCGACACAGCUUGGCAUCAUCUCAACAUGUAAUGCUUACUAUCUUGUCCAAAAAGGCGAUUAUUGCGACACUGUGAUUUCCAAAUUCGGUAAUUAUACGCUGAGUGAUUUCUACAAUUGGAAUCCAGCGGUCAAAUCAGAUUGUUCACAGCUCUUGGAUGGUUAUUAUGUUUGCAUUGGCGUUUCAGAUACCUCGGCAGCUGCAGCUUCUAAUAAUAUAGCUGCUGUGGUGAGUGCAGCGCACACAGCAGCCUCAGCAGCUUCAGCACCCACGCCAACUCAGUCUGGAAUUACCAGUAACUGCAACAACUACUACGAGGUUGUCUCUGGUGAUUCGUGCGUUGGCAUUGCCAACAACUACGCCAUCACACUGGACCAGUUCUACAGCUGGAAUCCAGCCGUGGGCUCCAACUGUCAGAAUCUUUUGGCCGGUUAUUUCGUCUGCGUGGGAGUUGCAGAACCCCCCACCACUACAAGCGUCCCUGCUACUGCUACUACUAGCACCGCUUCAGCACCUUCACUGACCCAAAGCGGGAUUGCUUCAGAUUGCACGGAAUAUUACAAGGCACAAUCCGGGGACACAUGUGUCUCGAUCGCCAAGCUGUAUUCGUAUCUGACUUUGGCAUUGUUUGAGCAGUGGAAUCCGGCGACAUACAUAUUCAGCAAUAUCCCGGUGACAAUGCCCUCAGGGUUUGCCCUAAUUACUCCAGCUUCGCGUGGCAUAGGGUUUGCUCUCGCGCGACAGCUUCUCGUUCAUACUGAGCUGCCAGUAUGCAUAACAGCGCGCAAAAAUUGCGAACAGUUGCAUGAUAAACUCCUCAACUCUCUUCAAGCACAGAAUAAUGCAGGGAAGAGGUUGACUGUGUUCCAAGUCGACGUUACAGAUGAAUCGAGUAUAUCUGCUCUGGCUUCUCGGCUCCGCAAACAGUUCAGCGAUAUUCCACUCCGUCUGGCACUGACCAUCCCCGGAAUUCUGCGCGUGGAAAAAUCGCCGAGCCAGAUCAAUUAUGAGGAUGCUCUGGAGAGCUUCAAGGUCAAUUCGUUAGGCCCAUUGCUGCUGAUGAAGCACUUGCACAAAUUCCUGCCUUCCAAAUCAAGCCAGCCAUUCUCUGCGGAAUCUCCUUUUCGUUGUUUAGAGAAAGAGCAGCCAGAUCCCCCAUUCCAGCUCCCCUCGCAUGCCAUAUAUUGCAUGAUGGCAGCUCGUGUAGGCUCGAUUUCGGACAAUACCUUGGGUGGAUGGUACUCGUACCGAGCUAGCAAGUCGGCUGUUUUCCAACUUGCGAAAACGUUUGAUUUGUAUCUGCGGUCGCGAAGUGCGGAUAGAGCACUGGCGGUGGCGAUGCAUCCUGGCACGGUACGCACGGACUUUACGAGGGAUUAUUGGGAAUCUAGUAGGAAUGUGCUGGAGCCAGACGAUGCUGCGUUGAAGUUACUCCAAGUCCUGUGUGGAAUUCCGCCGGGGAUGAAUGAUGGGAGGGGCCGUUGUUGGGACUGGAAAGGAGAGGAGGUGUUUCCAUAG